GAGCUUGUGAUACCUCAAAAGCGCAUUCACAUUGACUCACCUUGACAAUUCACUGGCAAAAAGUCCACAAUCCCAAGCGAUUUUGGUCCCGUUCUGGAAGCUAUUGUUGAGACCUUUUUGCGACCAGCAGCCUUGUCAUUGCUCGCCAAUAUCGGUUUUAUAGAUAUCCACCGCGUAUCAUUCGUAAAGACCACAUCCUCGAGCAGGGAACAGUCGCAUUCUCACUUCGACAUAACAUCCACAAUAUCUGAGUCCAUAUCUUUUCUUGAUUCAGGCUCACCAUGGCGCCGUCGCAAAUGAGCUAUGCCCCUACGCUGGGCAAGCUCCUCAAGUCUCUCAACACCCAGCCCUUGGAGGCUUCUAUCGAGGCUCUUGUCUACCUCCUAAAACGUCGUCAAGUCAAGGGUGAUGAUAUCGCCAAUGCCACAGCCCAUAUGCUGCUCCAGGUCGUCGCCAAGUCUAAGUGGCAGAACGUCGACCAGCUGCUCGCAAAGGUCUCCAACACUGGCCUCAGACUCGCCCAAGCUGCCCCUACAGAACAGGUCAUCGGCAAUGUCGUCCGCCGGGUGAUGGGUCUUAUUCGCGAUGAGGCUUCCGAGGACAGAAACGCCGACGAGAUGGGCGACUCAGUAUCCGAUCUCUCCCAGCUUCCCACAACGCCCACCAUGCCCUCGAGGCCAGGUCCCACGCCUCUCCGCGCCGCGACUCUCCCCAUGUCCAAGUCCAUGUUCAACCUUCUCAGCGUCUCAGAGCCUGUCCAAUCACCAGUCACCGGUGCAUCCACCCCCAUGUCACAGGGCGCAUCUGCCAACAUGCAUGCCCUACGGUCCGAAGUUAUCGAUGGCAUCGAAGAGAUUAUGGACGAGAUCAGCCAGGCGGACGACCAGAUUGCGGGCUUCGCGGACAUCCAGAUUCACCCCGGCGACUACGUGCUCGCCUACCUCCCCUCCCCAACAGUCGAGCGCUUCCUUAUCAAGGCGGCGGCAAAGAGGAGGUUUACCGUUUUCCUCGCCAGCACUGAGCGUCAAAAACCCGGCGAGGUACCCCACGCUGCCCUGCGUAAGAAGCUUGACGGUCUCGGGGUCAACACCAUCAGCCUGGCUAGCAACAGCCUGAUGGCCUACAUGCCGAGGGUGAACAAGGUUGUUAUCGGCGCCAAGGCCGUAUAUGCGAACGGCGGUGUUUCCACGGAGAGCGGGUGCAGCAUCGCUGCUAGGGCGGCGCGGGAGUACUCCAAGCCCGUUAUCGUUCUUAGCGGUGUCUACAAGUUCUGCCCGGUAGACCCGUCGGACGAUGUGACCGAGUUCGAGCAGGGAGACCCCUCGACAUUUGUCGACUACGCCGAUGGUGAGGCCGUGGAUGCCCUCGAGGUGGAGAACAUCGUGGCCGAGUACCUGCCACCUCAGUAUGUCGAUGUCUACCUAACAAACCUUGGUCCUCAAACACGAGACCAUCUCGCCACCAUCAUGGCCGACCAUUAUGAGUCCGAAGAUAUGGGCCUGUCUUUGCAUCUACCUUAGAAGCCGUAGAUACAAAAAAGGAAUGUCGAUAGUAAUGUACCAUGUUGCCGGUCCAAUGAAAUACUCCUUCAAAUGUGUCUCGGCUGUCUCUGUUAAAACCUAGUCGACCGAGCUCCGGCUCCAACAACAAAAAAACGUGCGUUGCAUACUCGUCUACUUGAAAGAGUUACAUAUAUGUAACCCAGAAAACCGUCUGUCCGGUCUUAAUCGUGCAUAUAUCGGUAGUUGAGAACCGCAUUG